UGUGACACGUAGCCUAUUAGAAAUUGUGAACAGUGGAAUUUGUGUGCUUCUUUUCCUUGGCUCCAAACUACUAAGAGAUUACGAAGGGAUGGGCUUUGUUUUUACAGUCGUCAAUUAUUCUGCAAAAUGAGUAACGCCUUAGAUAAAGUCGACGCAAACCAGUAGCAGAUUUGAGCAAUUUUUCACAAACUUGCGAAAACUAUGCAUUUACCAUAGUAAAAAGGAAAACAGAUGAACAAAAAUACGCACUCCCUAUCGUGUCUGACUUCGACGACCCAAGCGAGACAGAAGACACUCAAGUGAGAAUGGGGAAAGGAGUAUGUUCCAGGAGACAGAGGAAAAUAUUUCAAUCUUUUUUACUUAUUACUGUCAUCUGUGGAAGUAUGUAUGCAUUCAUGAUAUCUUACGAGAUGCACAAGCAGUUAAAAAAGACGGAGGCGAUGGCCCUGAAGUAUCAGCAACACCAGGAAUCACUGUCAGCCCAACUUCAAGUGGUCUAUGAGCACAGGUCCAGGCUGGAGAAAUCAUUACAGAAGGAGAGAAUGGAACACAAGAAGGCCAAAGACGAUCACCUUGCGUAUAAGCUUGAGUCGGAACAGUUACUGACCAAAGAAAAGCAGGAAUCAAACAAUCGCUUCAAUGCAUUACAGGGCCAGCAUCAAAUACUAAAGAGUCAACAUGAAGACUUGAAGAAACAGUACUAUGAGUUGCAGGAACAACAUCAGAACCAAGGGGAGAACCACGAGCGAGUUUUGGAUGAACACCGAGAGCAGAUUGACCAUCUCCAAAGGACCAAAGAAAUGGAGAUAUCCAGACUCAAAGAGAAUGUAUAUAACCUAAAGGAGGAGAAUCGCCAGCUGAGGAAGGCGCAUCAAGACAUUCGCACUCAGCUGUUGGAUGUGCGGCAGCAGCACAAGGACUUAAGGACGGCAAAUGAUCAACUUAAACUAACUGUAGAGGAUCACAAGAGUGCUCUCGCUGUUGCAAAGCUCGAGGUGGUGGAGCUGCAGCGUCUCAAAGGGCAGUCUCCCAGCACUACCCAAGCGGUGCUUCACAGCCACAGGGCAGAUCCACCUCACAUCCAGAGCCAUGGCCUGGAAGUCCCUGAGCUGAAGCCCAGCCCGCACACACAGCCAGGGCACACCACCACACAAGCCCACACUCCGGUGGCCAGUAACAAGGAGAAGGUGGAGCCUGAAGUCUCUCAUCACAUAUUACCAGAUGUGGUGGAUGUUGAGAACGAUAAAAAACAGACAGUGAAACCGAAACAGCUUUCUGCCAAAGAGGAGGCAAACGAUGAGAAGGGAGAGGGCCGAGAGAAGACAAGCUUUCAGCGCUGGCGUAGUCGCCUAGAGCACCACGGUGUGUUGGACGGCGAUCCUGGCAAGAAGCUACUGUCCUCUCCUGAGGAACACGAGAGGAAAGAUGGGCUAAACAGACAGAAGAGGCAGCCAGAGAUCUUAAACCCAGACAUUGUCCUUGAGGACUCGCAUCCACGUCAUAAGGACAGAGAUGAGGUUGAGGACAUUCGCAUACCUGCCAAGGACCUGAAUGAUGAUGAUGUGCUGAAUCCGGCAGAGGACCCCAAUAACCAGGGAGAGGAUGAGUUUGAGGUGCAGCAGCAACAGCAGGACGAGCUGGUCCGGGCAGAGCCUGCGGCCCGCCGGCCAACCGGCAGCCAGGAGCGCGUGGCCCAGGAGGAGCAGCUAGUGAUGGCAGGAAGUCCAGACCAGCAGGAAGACAAUCUGGAUGACCAAUAUGAAGAGGCUGAGGAAGAGCAGGCUGGGGAUGAUAUGGGGGAGGAUAAUCAGGCAAAAGAGGAGGAAGGGGGAAAUGAAGACCCAUACAGUGAGGAGAACGCUGAGCAGGGGCCAUGGAAUGAAGACAUCCAAGAUCAAGACAGAGAUCAUAAAGAAGAAGAAUACAAAGAAGAUGUGGAAAUCGUUGAAGAAGAUGAGGGCCACAAGGAAAUCCACACAAACAGAAGAGCAGAGAUGUGAAAAUUGA